AUGUUUCCCUUUCUUUCCUGGUACACAACAGUGAUUUUCCUAUUAAAAUCAUGGUUAGGUUUAUGUUUGGGUUAGGGGCUGUACCAAAAAUUGCAAUAAUAUUGUUCGUUGGUUCAUUUAUUUAAAAGUCAUACGUUUUUGUGCGUGCCAACUCUAACGAUUUCUAAUGAUUUCUUCAUUCUUAUGAUUUUGUCAUAAGACUGGGUUCAAUUGUGAAUGUUGAUUAAACAAUUUAGUUUGUACACAUUUUGUGUACUGUUGAUAAAGUAUAGAGAUAAAGAUUACCAGAAAUAUUACUUUUUCAGCCAGUUUAUGGGGCAACAAGCUUGUGUGACAAAACAGCCAUUAUCAUUCUCGGUGGCAGCACAAAACUGAUUAUAUAAAGCAUCAACUACAAACCUUACAUAUCAAUUACAAGUGUCUUAUUACACACAUGAAUGCGACAAUUUACCUAAGAAUGGUUUUUACAAAUGAUUACCAUAGAAAUUCACUCUGUUUUUGUUUCAUAAAUGAGGCACCUGAUUUUGCAUCCUUUGCUCUUUAUUUCUAUGCACUUGAAUUCAAAAUCUUCCUGUCUUUGUUGGCAAGUAAAAAAAAGAGAGUCAGUUUUAUUCCAACCAAAUUCACCUUGUAGACAUCACUACAAUUACGAUUUCCAAAUUCUUAGGAGCUUCCCAGAAGGACUUGCUGUCAGCAUAAAUUCUUGCCUAUUUUACCUUAUGAUCAUAAAUAAAACUAUUGAGACACAAGAUAUGUUGUGCAACACCAAACGACCCUGUUCAGCUGCCAUGUUUUUGUCUGUCUAACAAUCAUUCAGUUUGAAAUAUGUUUAAAUGAAAAGUGUUUGAAUUAAGGUUAAACGUGCCAUGAAUGUUUAUUUUAUUUGCAAACAGGCUCAUAAACCCAUUAAUUCCCCUUUAAAGCUCUCUAAUCUCUCCAAAGCAAUGUUGUUGACAGGCUUUAGACAUUAUCAGGACUAAAUAAUGUAACAAGUCCUACUCCAAUGCAAAUAGUGCUUUUGGCUUUGAGUCUGCAUGAGAGUAGUUUCUGGGAUUACAUUCCCUGAAGACAUUAGACUCAAAGCAGAGGCACAGGAGUGAGGAAAACUUUGUACUGGUCAAUGAUUUCAGUUAAAUCUGUUGAUAUAUCUACAAGCUUUUUCAAAAUGUUUUCAUAAGUAUGAUUUUCAUUUCUUUGCUUCUUAAAUAAUUAUAUACCAAACUAUUUUAAUUAUUAUGAAAUGCUGUUAUUUUUCUACAUUUUUAUAUCCGGUGAGCUUGAGCUAAAAUUUAGUUGUCUCGAAUAGAUAAAGGAGAUGUUUGAAAAAAUAAUGGUGGGAAGGUGGGAAGCUCUUGCUAGUACAUAAUCUCCCCUUUAUCCGAUCCAAACACCAGAAGUUGAGUUUAAAAAUGUGUGUGUUGUUUACAGAUCAUGUGUAUAAUCAUACAGUAUGUACAAAAAGUGUUUCUUCAGACUGUAGUUUCUGUUUCUUUGGGACUGUUUGGGAAGAUACUUGGAUUCUGGGAUGGUUGACUUUGCUGAUGUGAAUGCUGAUCUGUAUCAGCUCAAACUCGGGCUGAACAAUUUGGCCAAAAGAUUGUAUUUCUUAUACUGUGUAUAUACUGUAUAUAGCAAUUUUAGCACCAUGAACAUCUAGAAAGUAAUAUCUUGUUAAAACAUUUUUCAUCAUAAAACACUCAUUUUUUAAAGUUUUUUAUUUUUGUCUACUAACAAUGCCCACCAGUGUGUUUUAUAGAAUUCUGUGGUGGAAAUGACUCAGAUGGAAUUAUUAUUAUAAUUUUUUUAAUAAAAUGUCAGACUCCUUUGUCUUUUUAAGGCUAAUUUCAUAGCUAACAUUUUAUGGAUCCUAAAUACACAAAUUUUAAAUGAUCAUGUUUUGCAUAAUUUAGCAAAAUUACAGCCUGAUUUUAAAUGACAUCCAAUAAAAAUACUCUGCUCACAAACAAAAUGAAUUUUCUUCAGACAUCACUUUUCUCAUAUUUAAUCUCAAGGUCUUCACUAACACUUUUGCUGACUUGGUAAACAAGUACACUAACUUCCGAAAUAAAUAAUAAAUAUAAACACUUAAUUAAGGGCAAAAUUGUUUGGUGUGGUGGAAAUGAUGCAACAACUUGGGACAAUCAUAAUAAUAAUAAUAAUAAUAAUAAUAAUAAAAAAAUAACAAAACAAUUUUGAUACUUUGUAUUGUUUUUUAUAAUAGAUUCUCAAUGAAAAUCUGGGUCUGGGACAAGGCUAAAACCAACAUGAUAACAGGGGAAGUUGGCAUGUUGUUUCUAAAAAUUCCAGUAUUGACGCUGACUACCACCCCUGGAGUCACGAGUUCAAAUCCAGGGUGUGCUGAGUGACUCCAGCCUAAAAAAGAGUUCCAGUACCCUAGUAUCAACCACAUUAUGCCGACUCAUUGACAGACUGCAUCUCCUAUAAGACAUGUUUGCAUCAACUUUCCUUGUGACGUGACUUUAAAGCAUGUUGCAUCAACAGCGUGGAAGACGUGGGUUCAAAUCCCAAGUUGAAACCAGGCAGAAAUCACAUUUGCAUAAUCAGGGAUGAGCACAAUUCAGACAGUUACAUUUUACCAUCUAAUAAAAAAUGUUUACUCCACUGAUGGCAAGGCUUAGGUUUGGGGUUUAGGUUGGGGGGUAAAGUGUAUAAAAUGUGCAUUCCUCUUCACAGUAUUACUGUCUGUACAACUGAAAACAAAUUGCUUCACAACUCCCUUUUGGCGCCCCUCCGUGGACAUUACACCCGGAAAAUGGUCUGUGCCAAUACGUCCAAAAACACUUACUGCUUUGGCCACUGAGGGCAGUCUUUAAAAUUUCGGGGGAAGUUUUGACCAGACGGGAUGUAUGUCCUUUAGGGGCUUACACAUCCAGUGGAGAGUGCUGCAAACAAUGCCAGCCUGGAGAGGGCAUGUUGAAGCCCUGCGGAGUGACACAGACAGUGUGUGAACCGUGUCUUGACAGUGAGACUUUUUCUGAGAACUUCAGCCACACAGAGAAGUGCCAGCCUUGCACGCCCUGCUCUGAACUCAUGCGAAUGCUCACACCCUGCACUGAUGCCAAUGACGCCAUCUGUGUCUGCGAUUACGGUUACUUCUUCAGCAAAGUGACAGGUCGCUGUGAGGCCUGCACGGUGUGUCCAGUGGGCCAGGGUGUGCUGAUACGUUGCAACUAUGACCAUGACACAAUCUGUGAGGAGUGCAUUGAAGACACAUUUUCAGACCAGGAGACAUCUCUCGACCCCUGCCUGCCCUGCACGGUGUGCGACCAGCCUGAAAUGGAGUUGAAAAGCUGCACGUCUGUCAGUGACGCUGUCUGCCAAGAUGUAGAUCCUCCUAACAACUCAACCCCUCCCUCUCCUCCUCCUCUAUAUGUUUCUCCUACUACAUCCUUUUUUACUUUUUCUCCACCUCCCUCUUCUUCUCCAUCAGUUGUCUCAUAUACAGACAAGUCUCCUCCCAGUGGGCCUACAGAGAGUGUGACAACAGCCGACCCUGGACUGAGGAAACUCCACGGGCUGAGCAACAACCUCAUUCCCAUCUACACCUCCAUACUGGCUGCAGUUCUGCUUGGCCUGGUGGCCUUCAUCAUCUUUAAACGGUGGAACAGUUGUAAGCAGAAUAAGCAAGGAGCCAAUAACAGAGCGUGCAGUGCGAACCCCAGUCAGACCCCCUCUCCUGAGGGAGAGAAACUUCACAGUGACAGCGGCAUCUCUGUUGAUAGUCAGAGUCUACAGGAUGGCCAAGGGCCUCCACAUACAGUUGUGAAGAUAGAUGGAGUGCUGUCCUUGCCCUUACACACACGGGACGAGGUGGAGAAACUACUAAACCGCACCUGUGAAGGGGAGGAGUCAGGGGCCAACGAAGAAACCAAUUGGUGUAGCCUGGCAGGCUUGCUUGGAUACAAAGAUGAACACAUUGCUAAUUUCAAACAGGAAGAGAGGCCUGUCCAGGCCCUGCUGUCUCAUUGGGCGAGCCAAGAUUCAGCCAGUAUUGAUGCGCUUUGCACAGCACUCAAGAAGAUUAAUAGGGAGGAUAUUGCACAGAGCAUCACGGUCAAACCUACUGCUACAUCUGCCGUGUGACACAAGCAAGACCACACCAACCCACACUCAUACACUGGUUCUAAAGUGUACUCUGAAGCUGGAAGCAACCAAAUAUACACCCUACAUUGCCCUCAGCAUACUUUGAUGUUGUUGUAUCACUGGUGAAGUUGAUGUAUCACUAUAUCCUAAUGCUAAUGUUAGGCUGCAAACGUAAGUGCUUUUAAACGCAAGUUUGACCUUUAAACCUAUUUUAAAGAUUUAUCAUUUCUUUUCAGUCCCAAUCUCUAUUUCUUUGUCUCUAUACAUCAACCGCUACUAAACAUCCAUAACACUUAUGCUAGUGAUAAUGUAACAACAUGAGGUCAGUUUACUUGCUAUGCACUAAUUGUACCAUAACCACAAGCCAUAUGCUCAGUCUCAGAUGAUUUCCCAUCAAAGUUUUACCCCUCACGAUCUCAUGUACACAGUCUGUGUUGUGCUUCAAAUAUGUUUAUAUUGUUGUUGAACAUAAGCAGAGACUGUAUAAGAAGACAGACCACUCAGAGAAAAAUGGAAUGGAAGAUAUCACAAUGCCAAAUAUAGUGGCUGUAGGAAUGUAAGUACCGCAUUUCAGUUCAAAAAGGCAAUUAUUGGCAAAGGCAUUGUCAGGUCUUUUUGCUGUAGAACGUGCAUUAGCAGAGCAACCUGAAAAGAAAAGAAAAAAACAGAUUUUGAGUGUCUUUUGAGCUAGAGAAGCAAUGAUACCAUUGUCAUAUUUUGUUGGUUCAUAUUUGUAUUGUUUCUGAAACAUAACUUUGAUAAAACGUUUUGGAGAUUUCAGUCUUUUCCGCAUUCCAGUAGAUAAGAGCUGUAUUAGCAUGACUUGAUAAUACUGUAGCUGCCUGGAAGAGUUAGCAAGAUGGCCGCUUAUUAUGAAGCCCAUUGAACAAACUUGACUUCAAGACCCCAUGAAAAACAGCUCAGUUGUCUUUCUUGUGUUGAUGUAUGUCAGUAAUGUAUUUCCUUUAGAAACAGAAAGAUUGGAUGGGACAUAUCAAAGCGCCCAAUGUCACACCCAUAAAGCAUGAUUUGCUACUUGCUAUUGCUAGACAGAGGCAGAUGAUAAUAGGGGGAGUGAUAUACCUAUUGUAGAGAAUAAUGUAUUUAAUUGGUCAAAAACUUUAAUGCAAGAUGAGUCAUCAAUAUUUGUUACUUCUUUUCAAAUUUUAGGAGAACUUUACAUUAAUGUUCACUUUGUUAAGGAUUUGUUGCAACCUAACGUAAUAAAGCAUAAUUUAAGUUAAAUGUAAUAAAUGUUCAUAAUAUAACAAUUUUCUUAAAACAUAAUAUAAUUGUGAAUGCAUAAUGUGACAAGUAAUCAUGAGAACUUUAUUACAUUAUGAACUCAGUGUAGCAACUCAUAACACAAUAACAGUACAUUAUAUAAUAACAGCACAUAAUGUACAAGUGAAACUUAAUGUUUAUAAUAUAAUAAUAUAAACACAAUAUAUAUAUAUACUGUAUAUAUAUAUAUGUAAUAGGUUAUAACAUUAGGAGAAAUGUAUUAGGCUAAAUUGUGAACUCGCAUGAAACUGACCAUCAUUCAGAAUGUUAGAUUAUGAGGGGCCUGGGUAGCUCAGUGAGUAUUUACACUGACUACCACCCCUGGAGUCAUGAGUUCGAAUCCAGGGUGUGCUGAGUGACUCCAGCCAGGUCUCCUAAGCAACCAAAUUGGCCCGGGUGCUAGGGAGGGUAGAGUCACAUGGGGUAACCUCCUCGUGGUCACGAUUAGUGGUUCUCGCUCUCAAUGCGUUACGUGGCAAGUUGUGCGUGGAUCGCGGAGAGUAGCUUGAGUCUCCACAAGUCUCCGCGGUGUCAUCCACAACGAGCCACAUGAUGAGAUGCGCAGAUUGAUGGUCUCAGGAGUUGAGGCAACUUUCCUCCACCACCCGGAUUGAGGUGAGUAACCGUGCCACCACAAGGACCUACUAAGUAGUGGGAAUUGGGCAUUCCAAACUGGGAGAAAAGUUUUUUUUUAAGUUAGAUUAUGAAAAAACAUAUUACACUAUUAACAUUUAUUACAUUUAACUUAUUAAAUGAUGUGCAUUUAUUACAUUAUGCUUAAUGACUAAUCUACAAUAAUAUUAUAUUAUAAAUAUUAAUAAAAUAUAAAAAAUAUAUAAUAUAUUAUAAAUCAUUGAUAUGUAAUUAUAACAACAUGCAUAAAAAGAUUGACUUUCAUGCAAUACUUGCCAAAUAGUAAGCCAUUUUACCUCACAUGUUAGAAAUGUAAGAGCACUUAUUCAACAUUAGUAACCUACGAAAAUGUACCCCAAUGUAAAAUGGACACAUAUGAAGAAUUUAUUAAAGAGUUGCCAACAUUAGGCACCUGUGUAAUCUACAUAAAGUUCAGUAUGGUUUAGUGGUCAUGAGACGUUAUUAUAUGAUAUAUACUGUGAAUGAGCAUGAAGACCUGAGAAGUGUUUUUACAGAGGACUUUAGGUAACUAGGACUAGUUAAGUAGGUGAGAUCCACCACUCAUGGUACCAUUCUUUUGACAUCAACAUGUCAAGGAAAGUGACAACACAAGUGAGUCCAGACAUUAAUAUAAACACAAAGAAGACUGUAGCGAAAUGACAUAAUUCCUCCUUUUAAUCUCAUUAUAAUAAUCUAUUUUUGCCACAUUUUGACAUAAAAAUAUAAUUGUAUUAGGGUUAUUAUGAGUAUUAUAAGAAUGAAUAAGUGUAUCUAUGAAGCAUUUAUAACAUGUAAAAUAAAAUGCUUACUAUUUGGCAAGUACUGCAUGAAAGUCACCCUUUUUAUUCAUGUUGGAAUAACUGCACAUCAUUCUUGUGUUUUAAAACGUCUCUUCACUAAUCCUGGUGAUCCUAGUCCAUCACGUCCAUUCAUGAUCCCCUUAUUUCCUUCAGUCAAAAUGGAGGUAAUGGAAUAUCCUGACUCCAAAUGCAAAUUAAAUUUUUACAUUUGCUAAGAGAAAAUGUGAGUGGUACUUGCCAACGAAGUCUCAUGACAACUAAUAAUAAUUCAUGCAAAAUUGAGAAAUCAAAAGCUAUCAUUCAGCUUGGCCCAUAUGAAAAUGUAAAAAUGUUAUUCCCAUAAAGACCAACCAAUCAGCGAACAAAAUUUCAGUCAAUACAAUACAGUCAUGAAAAUUUAGUUAGCCUCCUAUCCAACACUUUAUUUUAAGAUUGGAAACGUCUGUGAGCAAAUUUGACACUCAUUCCAUAUUUAUUUAUGGAAUACAAAUGACUGAUGUAUGUAAGUAACUUGUAAUACGCUUCCCUUGUCUCAUUCCAAACCCAGUUUCUUUCUUCUGUGGUACACAAAAUUUAUUUUCUUAUUAAAAUAAUGGUUAAGGUUUGGGUUAGGUGUUAAACUUAAAUCAUAAUAACAUCAUUCGUUGUUUGUUUGUUUUUUUCUUUCUCUCUCUCUCUCUCUCUCUCUCUCUCUCUCUCUAUGGGAAUACAAGUUGUACGUAUUUGUACGUCAACUCGUUUUCUUUCAAUUUCGCCAUCUCAUACAUUUAUUACGACUUGUCAUUAGACCAGGUUGGUGCUUGCCCAUUCAAAACUCGCCGCCACAAUUCAGGUUGUUGUAGGUGAUACCCAGGGUGCUGAUAUGCAUUUUGUUAUGGUGAUCUGAGUGUUUUUAGCAUGUUGCUAUGCAGUUAAUAGAGUGUUCUGGGUGGUUUCUAGGGCAUUGCUUGAUGGUUGCUAGGUGGUCUCCAUGUCUCUAUGAUAUUGUGGUCACUAGAUAUGGAUAUUUUCAACUAUUUUAUCAUCCAGCUGGCAAAAAUCAUAAGACCAUAAGCUUAGAAAAGUAAUGGCAUAUCUGUAGCACAAACGGUGCAGGAUGAGUUAAAGGAUCCAAAGUAUGAGAAGUAGUAAGUGUGUAACAAUCCACUCUAGAGCGUUAGAUACAGCGUUAGAUUUGUGCAUUUGGGCCGGUGGCUCACAACGUUCUAGAUGGAAUUAAUAGGCUGAAGGCUUUGCUGUCCUGGUGAUCUGGCUGAAAGAGGAUAGCGGUUUCCUUUUUUCUUUUUCUUUCUUUUUUUUUUUUUUUACCUUUUACAGAGGUAACGUGACACUGGUCACUACCUGACUCAGGUCAUCACCAUGACAAUUGGCCAUGCGAUCUGUGACCUAGAUAGAAAAAUGUUAAAGACACAUAUGCUCAAAAACACAUGCCAAAGAAACAAGCUGCUUUGUAAAAAAAGAAAGAAAGAAUUGGCCAUUGAAAUUCAUGGAAAUACAAUUAGUAAUGAUACACGUGUUAAGUGUGUUCUAAAACAUUUAAUGGUCUAUGUAUUGCACUUUAUAAGGAUUUAAAACAUUCCAAAGAUUAGUACAGUACCUGAUAUACAGUACCAGUGAAAAUCAUCCCCACCAAACUCUAUAAAUUGAUUUUUUACAAAUUAUUUUACAAUAAUCAUGAAUGUCUGGAAAAGUAAUGGAAAAGUAAUGGAAAUUAAGUAGUCAAAAAGUGUGGGAACUAUAUAAUUUACUCAUUUCUUACUCAUGAUCUUAUUCAUAAUCAUUUACCCUCAUAUCAUUUCAAACUCGAAUUACUUUCUAACUUCUGUGGAACACAAAAGAAGAAAUGUUAAAUAAUGUACUGGACACUCUUUUCCAUAGAAAGUGAAUAGGGACUGGGGCUUUCAUUCUCUAAAAAAAUAAAAAAAUAAAGACCAUUACAUUAUCAUUAGUCAAUAUGACUCCUGUUCUACAUUCCAAGUCUUCUGAAGCCAUACGAUUGCUUUGUGUGAGGAACAGACUGAAAUUUAAGAAAUUAUUCACUGAAUGGUUAAAUAAUGAAGCUGGUAUAGGACAAAUUGCUCACAUGAAAUAGCAAGUUGAAAUUAAAUCAAAAUACCCAGGGCUGUAUCAUUUCUCAGGGUUUAUGUGGAGUUUUGCCCAUCUGUCAAUGUUGUGUUCCAUGUUUUCAGUAUAUCAGUGGCCUUAUAACAGAGGGGUGUAGCAGCACACAGGUCGCAGGAGUUUAGCUUCAGCACAAACAGUAUGUGUAUUUUCUUUGCAGUUAUGGAACAAGGUCAGUUUGAGGAGUAAAAAGUGUUUGAUUUACUUUUUACACAGAUAUGGGACAUGUUCUCUAGCUGCAUGAUAGUCAGUAUUGAUGUAUUCUUUUGAUGUUCAUUCGGUAUGAAAAGUGAAGCAGCAACAUACAUUAAUAUCUUUCAUCAUUCAUAUCUGUCGGUGUCUGCCUAAAUGCUGGGGAAAGAAAGUUUGUGAUAUGAUUUUUGGUUUAUGUUUUUGUUUCCAAAAAUGUUUAUGGCCAUACAUUAUGGAAAACUGCAAACAGAGUGUAAUUUGUGUCUUUAAAUGAAGGCAUUCUCCAUUUCUGGAUGUGAUUUAUUUGUUUCCAUUUUUUUGUCUUUUAUUCGACCAGAGUGUAGCACUUACAAGAUUAAUACAUUUGUAAAAGAAAUACCUGAGAAUUAUUAUCAGGGUUUGUUUCUGUUUUUUAUGUGUAUAAAUUUCCUGUGUUUGUUAUAACUGUUUUUGUUUUGUUUACCUGUAUUUUAUAUAGCCUCAACGGUCACAUUGUGUCCUAACCUGACAGUGAAAGGGGAUUUGUCUGUCCACACUGAAAGCGAAAAUGCUUUGCAACAUCACACAAUCACAGCCUAACAGAACAUAACCUAUUUGAUGUUUAUUAAAAUCUGUGUGGGGCAGGAUUGUGGACCAAUAAGGGCGGGGCUACCCAGCAUGAAGAUGCAAAAAUAGAAACCAAACGACCAACAAAAUAUCCUGUAGCUUGUUGCUUGUCGCAGCUGUUAAGGACAAAAUCUCAGAUUGACAGGGAAGAAAUAGCUUUUAUCACUUUUAACUUUAUUGCAUUGCACCAGGUUAGGACAUAUAGAACAAUUUUUUUUUAUGGCCUAUAUCAGCCAAUCCUGCAACAACAGCCAACAAAGCCAAAUGAUCUGAAAAACUGGGCCCAUAUUUUGAGUUUUGCCAAUCCUUAGCCACUGUCAACCUCUUGAAGGCCUUACCCUUGCUGUGUUUUUUUUUUUUUUUUUUUCUGGUUUAAA